AUGGAAAAUCUAACAGUCUUUCUCCAUUUGUUAACUAAAUCUAUCUAUCUAUCUAUCUAUCUAUCUAUCUAUCUAUCUAUCUAUCUAUCUAUCUAUCUAUCUCAUUCUGUUCAUUAUCUAUCUAUCUAUCUAUCUAUCUAUCUAUCUAUCUAUCUAGCUCAUUCUGUUCAUUAUCUAUCUAUCUAUCUAUCUAUCUAUCUAUCUAUCUAUCUAUCUAUGUGUGCACGAGCAUCUCUCUCCCACCUCUCUUUCUGUCUUUCUCUCUCUCCCUCUCUUUCUCUCUUUCUAUCUCUCUCUCUCUCUCUCUCUCUCUCUCUCUCUCUAUCUAUCUAUCUAUCUAUCUAUCUGCGUAUGUGCGGGUCAUGUGUGCGUGCUCCUGCGCGCAUGUGUAAACAUAUUUCGCCGGAUUGUUCUAGCUAUCUAUCUAUGUGCGUCUAUGAGAGUGAGAUAGAUCUAUCUAUCUAUCUAUCUAUCUAUCUAUCUAUCUAUCUAUCUAUCUAUCUAUCUAUGCAUGCUGUGUAUUUAUGCAUGAGACUAUGUUUGCUAAAAUAUUAUCUAUUUAUCUAUCUAUCUAUCUAUCUAUCUGUAUUUAUUUACAGAUAUAAAUCAACUUACCUGUUUAUAACAACACAUCUAUCUAUCUAUCUAUCUAUCUAUCUAUCUAUCUAUCUAUCUAUCUCAUUAUGUUCAUAUCUCUCUCUGUCUUACUGUCUAUCUAUCCAUUUAUCACAAUCUCUUCAUAUCUAUCUAUCUAUCUAUCUAUCUAUCUAUCUAUCUAUCUAUCUACCACAGUCUCUUCAUAUCUAUCUAUCUAUCUAUCUAUCUAUCUAUCUAUCUAUCUAUCCCUCUCUAACUUUCUCUCUAUCUCUCUCUCUCUCUAUCUCUAUAUAUAUAUAUAUAUAUAUAUAUAUAUAUAUAUGCACACUAACAAAGAAGGAAUUCAGACUCAAGCCUAUCGAUCAAGAUAAUUCGGAAAGAUAA